UCCCAGGGGCACUGGGUGGCUUUACGCCGAGUCAGCCAGGCAGUAGGCGGUCGGCAGUGGCACGGGGCUGCGUCUGCUUUGUCUUGGACCCGGGAGCAGCCGCCGCGACAUCUGGACGAGCCCGCCCCGGCCGGUUGGAGCACUCCGCCUUGCGGAGGCGGUCCGGGAAUAACAAGCCUGCCUUUAGAGCCCCGACAUCGGACCGUGUAGGACCGAAGCAAGCGGCGGUGGCAGCAAACCUUGCCAGGAAUGGUGAUGAUCUCGAGCGUUCUUCUGGCGGCAGUUUGUGCCAUCCUGGUGAAUGGGGAGGGGAUUGGCAUACUCCAGAAUGAAGCUUCCAGGAGAGAAAACAGAGAAGACUUGACAAAUCUCCAUCUCCGUCCACCCCCAAAGGCUUUGGAAUAUGUAGGAGAGAGAGAUGGUUUAUUAUCCCAAGGAGAUAACCUGAGUGAACUCCCUCAAGUUGCUUUCAUGUCCAAGCCACAAGAUCCUGUGACUCCAAAUAAAGGAGGGAAGAAAAGGAGGAAGGGAAGAGGAAAGAAGAGAGAUCCCUGCUUGGGAAGAUACAAGGAUUAUUGUAUUCAUGGAAAAUGCAAAUAUAUUAAGAAACUCAAAUCUCCAUCUUGUAUAUGCCAGGAAGACUACCAUGGGGAGAGAUGCCAUGCCCUUAGCCUUCCAGUGGAAAACCGCUUUGAUAGUUAUGAUCGCACAACUAUCCUGGCAGUCACAGCAGUGAUUCUGUCAUCCCUGUGUCUUAUCAUCAUUGCAGUAUUACUGAUGCUCAGAUGUCACAAACAAGGAGUAUAUGAUGUAGAGAAUGAAGAGAAGGUUAAAUUGGGCAUCACUGUCAAUCACUGAACUGUCCAAGAACUGCAAGGUUUUAUCAGUGAAACAAGUUCUACAUUCACAGUCAAAUGGAUAAAACUCUUUCUAGGACAUGCUUAAGGAGGAACUUGCAUGAAUGAAAACAACUUUUUUUUCAAGGGGAUAAUGCUUUGUUGAAGAAGCAAGUCAUCUCUUUAAAUUAGAAGAGCUCUCAGAAAAGCACAUUUAUUUGUGAAGGACUUGUUCACAAUGUGCAGCUACAGCCCAAGAAGAUUUGAAAUUUGUCUUCUUACAAGUGGAAAAUGACACUGUCACGAACCAAGCAAACAAUGAACCAGGAAACUGGAUUCUUCACAAAAUUGCUGAUGAAUACUGCUCUGAGAAACUGUGAAAAACUCUCCUGAAGAGAACUACUUCUUGAACUUUAUUUAAUCUGAAAAAAAUAUUUAACAAGAUGCUUCAUUUUAAGUUAUAUAUUUAUUUUAGAUACAUUGUACAUGUUAUUUAUUUAAGACUUAAUCCUGUAGUCCUGAAAUCAAAGGGAAAGACAGGAGUAUUGUGCAGUGUGCUACUCUAAUAAAUAACCCUUUCUUAUG